CGCGUUGGAGGGGCCGGCCGCCGCCGGAGUCGCCUCGGCUGCCGCGUGACGUGGCACAGCCGAAGACUUAACGCCAGAGCCGGAGCUGCCUCGCCAGUCGCCUAGCAGGUCCUCGCCUUUGCUAACUCCUGUCCCGGCGCUUCGCCUGACGUGCCGGCCAGAAGCCGUCCCCGCCGUCCUUUUUCUUCAGCUGCGCUUCCCUCUCGCUCGGUGAGCCGCGAGCGCGAAAGAGAAGGCCCGAAGACGCUCCAGCCCCUUCUGCUCCUGCCCAUCGCAAGCGCUCCUACCGCCAUGGGCCUCACCAUCUCCUCCCUCUUCUCCCGCCUCUUCGGGAAGAAGCAGAUGCGCAUUUUGAUGGUUGGAUUGGAUGCUGCUGGCAAGACGACCAUUCUGUAUAAACUGAAAUUAGGAGAGAUAGUCACCACCAUUCCUACUAUUGGUUUUAAUGUGGAGACAGUAGAAUAUAAGAACAUUUGUUUCACAGUUUGGGAUGUUGGUGGUCAAGAUAAAAUUAGACCUCUUUGGAGGCAUUACUUCCAAAAUACCCAGGGCCUUAUUUUUGUGGUAGAUAGCAAUGAUCGUGAAAGAAUUGAGGAAGGAGCAGAAGUGCUGCAGAAAAUGCUUCAGGAAGAUGAGUUGCAAGAUGCAGUAUUACUGCUUUUUGCAAACAAACAGGACUUGCCAAAUGCUAUGGCCAUCAGUGAAAUGACAGAUAAAUUAGGUCUUCAGUCUCUCCGUAACAGAACAUGGUAUGUUCAAGCCACUUGUGCUACACAAGGAACCGGUCUGUAUGAGGGACUUGACUGGCUGUCAAAUGAGCUUUCAAAACGUUAAAUGAAACUGGAUAUCCAACCAAGGACAUGUUUGAUAGAAUUGGUCUAGGCUUGUUACAACAAAAUUAGUUUGCAUCUUGGUUAUUAAACAGUAUCUGGGACUGGUUUGGGCAGAAUAUUACAGCGUUUAAACUUAUUUUGUUGCCAAUUAUUGUUUGCCAAGUAUAAUGUUGCUAUUUAGCAAUAUGCUUGGCUUUAAAGAAAUUCUCCUUAACUUGGAAAAAAGUAUCCUCUUUUACUUUCUACCCUUAUGCCUCAAUGCCUGGACAUAGCUAUUGUUGACACUUACUCUAAAUCUGUUUUGAAUGUUUUUUAGCCCACAACAAAUAAUGUUAAAAAGUUACCCCUUGCUACUUUACUGAUACCUUUAUCAUUCCUGGGGCAGUCUGCUGAUUUGAAAAUGUAGCAUUCCAUUUGUAUUUAUUUUUCUCCCUUGCCAAAAAUUUUUUCUAAUACUGCUUGUGCCAGCCAGGGAAAGGCUCCAAAACACUACCCAGAUCUCUUAUACUGAGAAACUUACUUUUCUCCCAUUCUUGACUCCUGGCUUCCACCAGUCAAGCUUACCUUGAUGUGGUUUGGGUUUGAUAGCUAUUUCUGUGCUGGUUGCAAAGACUUCAUAUUGAGAUGAUUUUUAAUACUCAGCAGAUUGUCUUCCUUUAUAUUGUAUCUUUUUUAUGUUGCAUGUUGCUUUUGGUAUCAGCCUCUUUGCCCACUAUAUGAUAAUUCUGCUGAUACUUUGUUUAUUGGUGAACAUAUCUUCUUUAAGAGAUUUUCAAAAACUGAUCAAACUCAGUAAGUUUUCUUCAUAACCCAUUUGGAAUUAUUCCUAAUAAAAUGAUAAAAUAUGUAA